CCAACCAAACUUCCCCGCGCAACCGUCAAAUGCAGUAGGCUUUGAUUGAUUGAAUGUCACGUCGCGAAGAGUACACGCUGUAAAUAAAGCACACACACAGCAAAAUCUAAACAUGCCGCGUCGUGAUACACGGGCAAGAACGGUUCCACCGUCCCGUAAAACUACCGAUACCAAAUCCCAUCAUGGUGGUACUGGCAAAAGUGCCAGUCCACCGUCCAGCGGCAGCAGCGCUGCCGAACCAACGAAACCGGCCCCGUCGGCCAUACCAGCAACACCCGCGGCACCAGGACUGUUCUCCCAAAUGGCAGCAACGGCCGGCGGAGUUGCGCUAGGAUCUGUGUUGGGCCGUGCACUGGGAGGGCUGUUUGAACGAACGGAGCCGAAGGAUCCGCAAAGUGCGGAUGCACUAGAAAAGGAAAAACAAUCCGCCGUGGAGCAGGGGGCUGCUGUUACGGAGAAGAGUGCUCCCCCGGACGUAUGCAACCUGGAGAUUAAGCAAUUUCUUACGUGCGUCGACAGGGAGGCGGAUGUUAAAAUUUGCGAAGGUUUCAAGGAAGCGAUGCAGCAGUGCAAGAACCGAGCUUCGACGAAAAAUUUGACUCUUUAGUCUUUGCUGAUAGAGGAUGAAAAUCAAAAUGAUUGAUAAUAUAUAUGAGCAGAAUUUUAAA